AUGGAAAUGCCAUUAUAUGGUGGUGGCACCACCACCUCCUCCGACCAAACAUCCCUCCACCCUGCGCCGUCCAUGGUGUUAUCCGGCGAGGCCGACGGAGAUUACCCUCCAGUCCUUGGCUAUGAAGAUGCCAAACAUAUAUGUUACAUAGAGUCCUCCAAGCUAUGGGCUAUUGCAGGACCAAUAGCUUUUAAUAUUCUUUGUAAUUAUGGGAUUAACUCCUUCACAAAUAUCUUUGUUGGGCAUAUUGGAACUGUGGAGCUAUCUGCUGUUGCCAUUUCUUUAUCUGUUAUUGCAAACUUCUCCUUUGGAUUCUUGCUUGGUAUGGGAAGUGCACUGGAAACCCUAUGUGGCCAGGCAUUCGGAGCCGGACAAGUCGACAUGCUCGGAGUUUACAUGCAACGUUCAUGGAUAAUCCUAACAGUUGCCUGUUUCUGCAUAUUGCCCCUCUACAUAUUCUCCACACCAAUCCUAAAACUCCUCGGCCAACGCCACGACAUAGCUGAACUCGCCGGAAAAUUCUCUCUCCAAGUCAUCCCACAGAUGUUCUCACUUGCUAUCAACUUCCCAACACAAAAAUUUUUACAGGCUCAAAGUAGGGUUGGAAUUCUUGCAUGGGUUGGUUUUGUGGCACUUAUUAUACACAUUGGGGUGUUGUAUCUGUUCAUCAAGGUUUUCGGGUGGGGCACGGCGGGGGCGGCGGCGGCGUACGAUGUGUCGGCCUGGGGUGUGGCUUUGGCUCAGGUGGCUUAUAUUGUGGUUUGUUGCAAAGAUGGGUGGAAGGGGUUGUCUUGGUUGGCAUUCAAGGAGAUUUGGCCUUUUGUGAGGCUCUCUAUAGCUUCAGCAGUGAUGCUUUGUUUAGAGAUUUGGUAUUUUAUGACCAUUAUUGUUCUCACUGGACAUCUUGACAACCCUGUUAUGGCUGUUGGAUCCCUUUCUAUUUGGUGA